AUGUCAGAGCAGACAAGGUCAACGGUUCAUCGUCAGAACCCAUUCUCGAAUAUGACGUACUAUGUUCUCAUCGAGAUUAUUCCCAGACUAUGUCGCAAAAAUGUCGCUCCUAUUAAGUUUCUGGUGUUUAUCUUGUUGUUUAGUAUGCUGUUUACAUGUCCUCCUAGUGAAUUGGUAGCAUUUGUAUCUGAAACUCUUGCUUUCUCAGGUAGACAGGGUGUUCUGCUCCCGCAGCUUUGGAUAGCUCUUUCUGAGAAGCUCGGCUGCUCAGAAAUCGACGCUUUCCAGAAAAGUAUUAUAUGGAGGUGGAUGGUUCAUUCGGGCCAAAAAUCUGGGGCUGUUGAUUUUUUCAUUAUGAAGGACCGUGAAAUGGUGUCUGAUAUUGACUCCUAUGAAAAUCUCAUCUCUAAUGGUAAUUCGGAGUCUGCAUACAUUGUGCUACCAACUGAAGAAGCUCAAUGGCAGCAUUUAACUCACCAGCGGUACUCAAAAAGGCUAAAAUUACAACUAGGAGAAUUUCCUUUUCAACUUCUCUGCGAGAUUGCUAGUCAUGGCAAGAAGGGAAUAUUUGCUUCCGAAUUGUCAAAGGUCACAGGGCAGGACCCACGAUCGAUGACCCCCAGACUUCGAAAACUAGAAGAGUCUGGCUACAUUGUUAAAAGAGGUGUGUACAAUGAAGCUGCUAGUCAGCACACUAGUGUGUGCAUUCACAUGAACUUUGCGGACACCGAAGUAGAAUCCGCUGCUACAGAUUUUGAUGAUGACUUCGAGUCAUCAAGAAAUGUCUACAAACUAAAGCAAUUUAUAAUUCUGUCCCUAAAGAGUGCACCUAACCAUCUUCGUGGCUUUAAAGACUUGAAAAUUGAAUUGAAUCUUCACAAGGACAGGUCUUCAGGGAAGUUUUUCAGAAGCAUCGUGGAAGCAUUGCACAAGAGGGGUUAUGCGGAGAGGGUUUUGGUGAAGAAUCCAGACAAGACCACACCAAUAUAUUGCAUUCGCUACAUCAAGGACCUUCCGAAAGAUACUGACGAGAUAUCAGACUUCGUCGACUUAUCUCGAAGUAUGAAGGAAGAAACUCAAGAAGAUGUCGAAGAUGACCUUGACGCGUUACCGUCACUCAACCAAUAUUUUCCUUUGGCAAAUCAGCUCAUACUGAUUAUCAAUACAUCUGGUGAGGAUGGCUCUACCUCUAUGAACCUAGUACGAAGAUUAACGGGGACAUCUGAUUUCCGACCGAUAGUAAAGAUUUUGGAUGUGUUUUCUACCUUUGUUAUCGCAAACAAUGACAAGAAGUUGCUUAAGCCAACACCAGAUCCCUUCCAAAGUAUGUCCAUAUCUCGAGCAUACGACUUUGCAGGGAAGUUCAAGUUCUACAGGUACUUUGUUGAUUCUGUAACACUGAAAAGCAUUGGUGAGCCAGCCUAUGUGACGCCCCAUACAAGGAACCUCAAACAGAUUAACAAAUCCAAUUUUAGGGCCAUUGGCCGUGUACCUCCGGGGCCAUUACUGUCAAUCAAAAAGCGGAAGAUCUCAGAAGCGAGAACUAGUACUAAGCGAACGAAAGUCAACCGACAACCAACUAUCGUAAAACAAGGUGCUCUGGAAAUUACAAUUCAUGAGCGAAGUUCACCGAAAACUAAAGAGUCCGUUCACAUCACUGGAGGAAGCUCCUUGAAAGCUUCCAGAAGAAGGACGGAACUUCUCAACAUUAUAAAAGAUCUUGGAGGAGUUGCUUACACGACAGCAAAUUUGUGCCGUCAACUCGACUCAAGAUUGGGCAACACUACAGUAACAGAUAAGAAGACUCUAGCUAGAGACGUCUCUACAUUAAUUGCCGACGGUAGCAUUUACGUCGAGAACGUUGAGUUCUCCAGGUCUGGCCAGAACAUUUCAAGAAAAUUGCUUAUAUUAAAACAGCCAGAAUUUCAACCAUCCGAAGAUCAGAUAGAGAAAAUGAAGCAAAAGUGCAUCGAAGAUGUCGGAAACCGAACCUCGUCACAGAUGAACAGACGAAUUAUUGAUGGUGAGGUAAUCAUGAAGAACAAAAAGGAAGGGAGCCGUCUUUCUUCGCUAUCAAAUGACGCGAGGUCAGUAAAACUUGAAGCUGAAGACACCACUCAUGUUGACGAACUGCGCAAUGGUGUAUCUAAGGGGAAAAAGGAAAAGAAAAAGGCUACACUGAUUAACUCUGGAAAAUCAAUUGAGACACAAAGGCACUCUGCUCGCAAAGCUGGUCCCAUCAAGUUUGACAGUGAUGAUGAAAAUACACUUUUUAGGGCUGUCGUCAUAUCGAAAACGUUUCAUCGAUCAAUCGAUUUCAGCAAGAUAGCUUCACUUUGGGGAAAUCCGGAGGAAAAAAGUAUCCGUCAGCGUUGGUCCACACAUAGAAAAGCUAUCGGUGGACAGUCCACGGUAGCGAGAGGUAUCAAAACCUUUGAAGGUAUUGUUAUGAGUGGUAUCGAGAAUGGACUUAUAGGAAGCGAGGAGUUAAGUUCAAUCAACUUAAAGUUUUUUCUUGAUCUAUGGAAUGACUAUGACGUUACAACAACCGCAGUAGCGGAAAAGGAGCCUUUGUACUACCUGCUUACGGAAAACCUUAGCUCUUAUAAGUUUGUCGACACAUCAGGACUGCAAUCUGACACUUUUGAGCAAAUUGAAGACUGCUCCAUGCGGCAGAAAGAGGCAACCCUAGCAAAGAGACCAUUCUAUCAAAAGAUGACAAGCUCGCAGAAUAUUGAAAAUAACACACUAAAGACAGUGAUCCGGGCAAUAAUCUCAACUGAUGGCGAUAAGUUUGACCCUAAAAUGGUCGCAAAGCUACUCGAAAAGUUUAAUAAUUCAGACGUCGAGAAUGCGACUGCUGAGAUGUUGAAAGAAAAGGAGAUUAUUUUCCAAGAGAACGCCAAUUUCAAGUUUCUGUUCUCAGAAAAGUUUCAAAUGGCUUUACAUCCCAAGUCUUUUGGGGUUUCCUUUUUGGAUGAUGCUGGAGAGUUUGCUAAUAGUUUGUGCGAGUUGAGCGACUCGUCCAAAGGUUUGAUACUUUCACAAGCAAUUAACGGAAGUAAUAUGGCUGUUCUUUUGACUUUACUAUCGCGCAAUAAGUUGAGCCUAUGGAGAGUUGAUCGGCCAUAUAAGUUGAACGGAUACGAGUCACGAUUGAUUGAUAAGAACAAGCUUUCCUGUGACUUAAUUGUCAAAGUUCAUGAUUCAAAUCUGCUCAAGGUAAAGCCCAGCACUAAAGUCCCGACAGGUAAGGCAGGUUCCCAUCUUUGGCUCGGUAUUGAUGGAGGCAUUAACGUGAAUAUGUGGAAAAGCUUGAUUGCAAGCCUAUUAUCGCUUCUUGUAUUUCGUCCGGGAAUUGACGAGACGGCACUAUUCAGAAAACUCAAGCACGCGCUUGAAAUUGAAGAUGUCAGGAGUGUGGUGAACUGGCUCAUUGCAAAUGAUUGCCUUAGGCGACUGGACCACGGAUCAUUUUACGUUUCGAAGAGGUGGAUAAUGGUCUUCGGAUAUUGA